UUACACGACUUCCGGCUCAACUCAAUUGGAUGAGAGUUACGAAAACAGUGCCGAGUUUUUUUGUUCGAUGAAGAAAACAACUCAUUUGAAUUAAUAUGCCUCCAACAAUUCAGUCGGGCAGAAGAGAUGACAGAGAAAAACGACAACGACCUGGCGAGAAAAGGUCAGACCUCGUGUGCAGAGUGAAAUACAACAACACAUUACCAGACAUCCCGUUUGACCCAAAGUUUAUCACCUACCCCUUUGAAUCCAACAGAUUUUAUCAGUAUAAACCAACAUCUUUAGAAAGGACAUUCAAAUAUGAUCUCCUUACAGAACAUGACUUGGAUGUCACAAUUGAUCUUAUCAAUCCAGAGACAUACAAAAUUGAUCCCAAUGCUUAUCCAGAUCCAGAGGAUGAAAAGUUGUUGGAGGAAGAGAUUAACACCCCUCAAGAUUCUAAAAGAUCCCGUCAUCACAACAUGAAUGUUUCAUGGUUGAGAAAGACAGAAUACAUAUCUACAGAAUAUAACCGUUUUAUGCAAAAGUCAGACAAAAGUGAGAGCAAGGUUGGUUUUAAAAUAAAGCAGCAAAUGAAAGAAGAGGAUCUCUAUAAGGAUCGAGAUAGCCAGAUUGCUGCCAUUCAGGCUACAUUUGAACGUGCCAAGCAGCCAAUCUCAAAGCACUACAGCAAGCCAGGUGUUACUCCAGUGGAGAUACUUCCUGUGUUUCCAGAUUUCAGGCUCUGGAAAUAUCCAUUUGCCCAGGUUUUGUUUGAUUCUGAUCCAGCUCCUAGAGAAAUGUCUGAUAUCCCUAUGAAAAUGGAGGAAAUGUCACAAGCUAUGAUUAGAGGUGCUGUAGAUGAAAGCGGAGAACAAUUUGUGGCCUACUUCUUGCCAACAGAGGAAACCAUGGACAAGCGUAAGCGUGACUCAGAUGACAAUGUGGACUAUGCUCCUGAGGAAGAUUAUGAGUACCUUCUGGCUCGUGAGUAUAACUGGAAUGUGAAAAACAAACUCACUAAAGGUUAUGAAGAAACCUACUUUUUUGUUUUCCGUGAAGAUGGGGUGUACUACAAUGAGCUUGAAACAAGAGUGCGUCUGAGUAAAAGACGCAAGUUGGGUCACCAGCGCAUGGCCAAAUCAUGGCUUGUAGUGAAGCAUCGUCCUUUGAAUGAAAAGGAGGAGUCUGCUCAGGAGGUCCGCCUUAGCAUGCUUGAGCCACCUCAAGAAGAGGAGGAAGAAGAGAUUAGAAUUGAGGAAGGAUCUGAUGCAGAGAACAAGAGUGGAAGUGAAAAAGGCAGUGACAAUGAAGAUAACAGGAGUGAAGCUGGAAGUAUCAAGUCGAGUAGCAGUGCUCGCAGUCGAAGCAGAAGUGGGUCUCGCAACCGCAGCCAAUCCAGUAGCCGCAGCAGAAGUCGUAGUGGUAGUAGAAGCCGAAGUCCAAGUGGCAGCGAGAAGGGCAGUGACAGUGAGAGUGAUGCAGAGAAUGAGAAAGGCAAAGAAGAUGAAAGAGCUAUCUUUGGACCUGAUUCUAGCAGUUCUGAUGAAAGUGACUGAGUCUACAUCAAAUUUUUAUGAGGGAAAAAUUGUGUUACAGAAAUAUUUUAAAAGCUGUUUUGUCCAGCAUUGAGGACCAUAAAAAACGUCAGUAGAUAGUUGCUUGAGCAAACUUUUUAUAUAACUCUGUUUUGAAUGGGAGAUCUCAGAAUAUAGAUAAAUAUUCCUUUAACCUCAAGUGGGACUGCCAGUUUAGAAGAUCUGUACAGGUGUUACAAACAGCUCUAGCUGAAGCUGGGUACGUAUCAUUUCGCAAUUCGGUCCCUUUUCCCCCCCUCCAUGUCCAAAAGAAGUAAAUUUUAAAAUAUUAAAAAAUUACUCCUAAACUGUAAUAUGUGUAGCACAAGCAUUAAGGAACAAUUCAGCUGAUAAAAUUCUAGCUUAAAUUUUAUCUUUAAACAGUAUUUGUAAAACAAUUUUCGUUAAAGGUUUUGAAGUAUACUAUGUUUCUAUAUAACUAAUCAUCGAAAUAAAUUUAAAGCCUAAAAGUG